AUGGCUGACAACGAGCCCAGCGAUAGUUUGCCGCGCGAUGCCAAUGCAGCGCUCCGACGGCUUCAGGAAAACAGAGUCCCAGUGCCAGACAUCGAUUUCACGAUUCAUGAAAUGGAGGAUGGGACCAAAGUAUCGACUUUAGAUCGAUAUUGCAAAGAGGUCCAAGCGCCUGCUGUUCAUCUGCCCACAGAUGAAGAAUUCUACUCUAAAGAAGACCCGACAAAACCCGAUCUUGCAUUCUUGAAGAAUCAUUUUUAUCGGGAAGGCAGAAUUACAGAAAAACAAGCAUUGGACAUUAUUAACAAGGGAACGGAGAUAUUAAGACAAGAACCUAAUCUACUCGAGGUUGAUGCUCCCAUAACAGUAUGUGGAGACAUUCAUGGACAGUAUUAUGAUUUAAUGAAGUUGUUUGAAGUUGGUGGUAAUCCUGCCGAAACUCGGUAUUUGUUCUUGGGCGACUAUGUUGAUAGAGGAUACUUUUCUAUUGAAUGUGUUCUCUAUUUAUGGAGUUUGAAGAUAUGGUACCAUGAUACCUUAUUCCUGUUGCGUGGUAAUCACGAAUGCAGCCAUUUGACAGACUACUUUACGUUCAAAAUAGAAUGCAAGCACAAGUACACAGAAGCUGUAUAUGAUGCUUGUAUGGCAUCAUUUUGUACACUUCCACUUGCUGCUAUAAUGAAUAAACAGUUUCUAUGUAUUCAUGGAGGACUUUCUCCCGAACUAAAUACAUUGGAUGACUUGCGUAGUAUUGAUCGAUUUAGAGAACCCCCGACUCAUGGCUUAAUGUGUGAUUUACUGUGGGCUGAUCCGUUAGAAGACUUCGGCUCCGAGAAGACAAACGAAUGCUUUAUACAGAAUCACGUGAGGGGAUGUUCAUAUUUCUUCAGCUAUUAUGCUGCAUGUGCAUUCUUGGAGAAGAACAAUCUCCUGUCUAUUAUUCGAGCCCAUGAAGCUCAAGAUGCAGGAUACCGAAUGUAUCGAAAGACAAAAUCAACAGGUUUUCCGUCAGUAAUGACUAUUUUCUCAGCACCGAACUAUCUCGACAUUUACAACAACAAAGCUGCCGUAUUGAAAUAUGAAAACAAUGUCAUGAACAUCCGGCAAUUCAAUUACACAGCACAUCCAUACUGGUUGCCUAACUUUAUGGAUGUAUUUACGUGGUCACUACCCUUCGUAGGUGAAAAGAUUACGGAUAUGCUGUUGGCCAUCCUGAAUAUCUGCAGUAAAGAAGAAUUGGAAGACGAUGAACUCAUUGCAGAGGUGAAAACACCUGUUUCAGAAACACCGGGAGAAAAUGCAGAGAGACGUCAAGUUAUUAGGAAUAAAAUCCUGGCUGUAGGCAAAAUGGCCAGAGUUUUUUCCGUUCUCAGAGAAGAAUCUGAACGCGUAAUGGAACUCAAAAGUGUCACCGGAACAGGAAAACUGCCGUACGGCACACUCGCCCUGGGAGUUGAAGGCAUUAAAAAAGCCAUUACCUCAUUUGAAGAGGCACGACGUUCUGAUCUCGAUAACGAGCGUCUCCCUCCCAGCAGAUCGGAAAUUGAGCUUCAAGAACGCCAAAAACAGGAACGCGCCAUUGCUCAAGCUGUAGAGGAAGUUGAUAAAGAUCCAGAAAUAGCUGAUAUAGCCGAGGCCUUUGUAAAGGACGACGAAAAGCGAAGAAGUCUUAAAGAGGCCAUGUUGGCAAAUACCGUGAAGGAAUCUUAG